UCAAAUAAUUCGAAUCAACAGAACGCGCGUUUUGUAUGUAAACGUUCAAUUGUUUAAAAUAUUUAUCUAGUGAUUGAAUUCCUGUUCAUUAUUGUUUAAAAACUUUAUAAUUAUGAGUGGCAAAAGUGUGUCUACUCGGUAUCGGUCAAAUACAACUUCGACUGGGGAUUUAACACCAGUUAUGAAUGGAAGAUCCAAACUGACUCCAAGUGGUCUAAGGCAUCGUGUUGUACAUAAAGCAGAGUCUGGUCACAAAAAUCAUUUGGAAGAUAAAUGUGGAACUAAGUCAGGAAUAUUCAAUAAAGUAUUAAGUGACGAUAAUCAUUUGAAUACACCUCGGAUUACUCCACGUUCGACCGCAAUUAAUGCGUGUUAUACACCAUCAUCACUAUUCCGGAAUGUGAUGUCGACACCUUUGAAUAAAGUACGCACUCCAUAUUCAACCACCUCCGCCACAAAAUCGAAAGGGAAAAAUAUUGAAGCCACUUCAACAAGUCAAAUAGUAGAUGACACAGAGAUAAGUAAUCUCACAGUUGCAGUACGGGUGCGCCCUUUGAAUGCUCAAGAGUGUUCGCUGGCCAAAGUCACAAAUGUUGUUCGUGUUUGCGGGAAUGAGCUGACUGUUUCGGCCGGCAUGACUGCUGAUUGUACUGCGGGACUUACGCAUUCCUUUACAUAUGAUCACAUAUUCGAUUCUACAGAUCCCGAUAAUGAAUUUUACGCAAAUCAAGACGACGUAUUUGUAGGUACAUCGAUGCCUUUAAUAGAUCGAGCAUUUCAAGGUUAUAAUGCGUGCCUUUUCGCAUACGGUCAGACUGGUUCUGGAAAAUCAUAUAGUAUGAUGGGUAUUGAGGCUUUAGACGAUGAUGCAUCUGGCAACAGCAUACCACAUCCAGAUGCCGGUAUAAUACCACGUUUUUGUAGAGAACUUUUUAAGCGUUUGGAAAAUAUGAAACAUUCAAUUCGUGCAGAGAUCGAAAUAAGUUAUUUUGAAAUAUAUAAUGAGAAAAUACAUGAUUUGCUCUGCGUUGCAAAUUCAGAAAAUAAUUGCAGUGUGGGAAGCGUACAUGUUGCAAGUACACCAACAUCAACAAGCGUCACAAAUCGACCUGCUUUGAAAGUGCGAGAACAUCCUAUUUGGGGCCCAUAUGUAGUUGAUUUAAGUAUUCAUCCCGUAGAUUCGUACGAAGCAAUGCGCAAUUGGCUUGCCGUAGGUAACUCACAACGUGCAACUGCGGCUACAGGAAUGAAUGACAAAAGUUCACGUUCUCAUUCGAUAUUUAAUAUUGUUUUAAAUUUGACUGAGAUUAGCCAUGAUUUGUCGAAAAAUAAAUCUGAAGAGACUGGUACACGUCAAACUCGUCGAAGUAGAAUAAGCUUGGUUGAUUUAGCGGGCAGUGAACGUAUUUCGAUGGUGGGCUCAAAUGGUGAUCGCAUACGAGAAGGUGUUAGUAUAAAUAAAAGUCUAUUGACAUUGGGCAAAGUAAUUGCCGCCUUAGCAGAUUCAAAGAAAAACACAGUAAAUGGAUCGGUAUUUGUACCAUAUCGUGAAAGUGUACUUACAUGGCUUUUGAGGGAAAACCUCGGAGGCAAUUCAAAAACUGUUAUGCUGGCCACAAUUUCACCAGCCAAUAUAAAUAUCGAUGAGACUCUAGCUACCUUACGUUAUGCUUGUCAAGCUCGUACAAUAGUGAAUCGGGUCAAAGUGAACGAAUCACCACAUGAUAAAAUAAUACGGGAGCUACGUGCAGAAGUCGAUCGCCUUAAGUCGCUGAGAAAUGAAUAUGAACGUCAACGCCGUUUGUCGGCCAAUAGUAAUCCAACGCCUAGAAAAAUAAUUAUUGAAACUUCUGUUGAUGAGAGUGAGGUCGAGGCGUUACGACAGCAACUUGCUGAACGCGAAAGAGAAUUGGAUAAAGCACAAAAAUCCUGGAUGCAACGCUUGAAAGAAGCUGAAGAUCAGCGAAAGUCCGAGUUACGACUGUUACGUCGUAAGGGUCUGGCCUUAGAAUUGUCGACAGAUCAAAAGCAUGCCUGCCUUGUCAAUUUGACAGCUGAUGCAAUUUUUAGUAAUACACUAUUUUACAUAUUACCGGAAGGACAAGUAAAGAUCGGUCGUACGCGCACUUCGUCAUAUUGUAGUCAACCGGACAUAUUACUUGACGGCCCUUUGGUUGCCUAUCACCAUUGUAUAAUUGAAAAUAUACGUGGUGAAUUGUUCAUAAUCCCACAAAAUGACGAUUUUGAAACGUAUCUGAAUGGUGAUCUUGUGACUGAGCGUAAAAAAAUGUUUCAUGGUGACCGUUUAGUGAUCGGAGGUACACAUUAUUUUCGCAUAUCAAAUCCGUUUUGCUGUCAGAGAAAUAAAAAUUUGGUGGUUGAUUUUCAAAUGGCUCAUGAAGAAAUUUUAUUAAAACAGGAAGAGAAACUUCGUAACGAAUUGGAAGAGGAAAAACGCGCAGCUUUGUCACGCAUAGAAUUUGAACGUGCAGAGAAUGAACGUAAUUUUAAUGAACGCAUGCAAAAGUUGGAAUUGGAGCAAUUGAAAUAUAAAUGUAAUAGAGAAAUACUCGAAACGGAACGAAAAGCAUUUCAAGUAGAAGCACAAAAUAAUACUGACAAAACUCCUGUAAUUACACCUUAUACCCCAACUUUCAAAUCAAAUUUGCUUGAUGACAUCAAUAAUAUUAUGCAAAAUCCCAGUGAUAAGAGUCUGCAUAAAACGCAGCUAAUGGUAAAGGAAGCUACGCAACGGUGCCGUAGUUUAGGUAUGCAGGUAGAGUUUCGACAUUCACAGGUUCUUGACGAAUUCGGAAUAUUCCAUACCGUCGUGUUGCUACAUGAUAAACUUCAUCAACGUAAAGCCGAAUGGCCUAUCGCUAGGCUUAAUGUCUGGCUCGAUAUGGUGCGUAACAAUGAGGAUUUAAAUUCCCAUAAUGUGUUCAAUUGUGUAGAUAUGAACUGGGAACCACUGGAAGGAGACGACUGUGCAACAAUAAGCGAUUCACUAAACUCAAGUCGAAUUUCACUAAACCUGAGCAUUGUCAAGGAUGCUUUAUUGAAAAAGCCAAUAAAUAAAUUGCACUUAUUCAACACAUCUUCACAUUCACCAUCGCCCAUUAAAGCGUCGUCCUUAAGUAACGAUGAAUGUUUCGUGCAGUCAUCGUUGCCGGGAAGAUUCAUAACGAAGAAAGUGUUAAAGUACGACGAUUGUAUUGACUCAUCGCCAAAAAACACACCAAAUAUAUCGCAGAACUUAACCGCAAAUAAUACACCUUUGAAUUCUAACAAUUUAAGAAGUGAUUUUAAUGCAUUGGCAUUGAUACAUCUACGUGAUAUGGAGCGUUCCGCUUCACGGUUAAGAAUGCUAUGUAAUCGUUUUAAUAAUGAGCAGGAAAAUGUACCUAACGACAUUUCUAGUGAGGGACAACAACGAUUUAGGGACUCACUAAUGGAAAUUGAGAAAAUUAUGCAUGGAAUGCGGUCUUAUCUUGAUCGAAGUGAAUUCAUGGCGGAUGGUGAGGUACCGGCAGCUAAAAUGCCAAAGGCUGUACGUUUUCUCAUAGAUUAGGAUUAGUAUUUAGACGAAUAUUAUGUUUGUAUAUUCUUUUUAUUAGUAAAAUCUUUGUUUUAUAUAAUCUGCACGCUUAACUGUUUAAAUAAAACUGUUGAUUAAAUAAUCUUUAUAUUUUUAAUAAUAUAAUAUGUAACAUAAUUUAAUACUAUAAUAAAACGAUUAAAUUAAAUGCAAUUACAUUAAGUUCAA